UGACGCUUCUUUAGCCAAUGCAUUAUAAACUGAUACGUUCCCCAGCAGAGAAUCUAAGACUUACCCUCUUCUCUUCCACGGGCGCUUUUGAUAAUGGCGGGAGACGCAGCUCUGACACACGCACAACGUUCUCUGCCCACUCUAGACAGGCUGAAUGCCAAAGUGUCAGGGACUGUCGAUACAAAGGGAAUUGCCUCCAGAUGGUUCCUCGAUUUCGCAAAGCAUGUGGAGGACAAGAAUAUCGCAGCCAUCACAGACUUAUUGGUCGACUUCGCUUUCUGGCGCGACAUGCUUGCGCUCACCUGGGACUUUCGAUCAUUUGAGGGAACACAGCUUAUCAAACAAUUCUUGCAAGAUGUCCUCGUCACAUCUGGGCUUGGCAAUCUCCAGCUGAAGGAGGAUUCAAUCGCACUUCAGCAACCGUAUCAUGAUAUCUUGUGGAUCACCGCUAUAUUCACGUUUGAAACCAAGGUUGGGCGCGGGUCGGGUGUGUUUCGUCUCGUCCCUACUGCCAGUGGCGAAUGGAAGGCGUAUAUCGUCUAUACAAACCUAGAGGAGCUGAAGGACUUCCCCGAACGUAUCGGUACACGCCGCAACUUCAUUCCCAAUCAUGGGAUGUGGCCGGAGCAGCGACGUCGAGAAAUCAACUUUGAGGAUACAGAACCGGCCGUCGUCAUCAUUGGUGGAGGUCAAAGCGGUCUUGAAGUCGCGGCGCGUCUCAAGCUUCUCGAUGUCCCCACGCUUAUUGUUGAGAGGCAGGCCAGAGUUGGAGAUCAGUGGCGAGGUAGAUAUGAAGCAUUAUGUCUACAUGAUCCUGUUUGGUAUGACCAUAUGCCAUACAUUCCUUUCCCUCUGUCCUGGCCUGUCUGGUCCCCAGCUCCGAAACUUGCAGAUUGGCUGGAGUUCUACGCAAAUUCGAUGGAAUUAAAUGUUUGGACGAGCUCGACAAUUGAGAAUAUCCAACAGAAUCCUUCUGGGAAGGGCUGGACCGUGUCCGUUAAGCGCGCAGAUGGCUCGAUUCGUGUCUUCAACCCUCGACAUAUCGUCUUUGCACACGGCUUCGGUGGCGGUGUAGCAAACCUUCCGAAAUUCCCUGGAAUGGAUGAAUUCGAAGGAAGGAUUGUUCAUUCGUCGAAAUUCAAGUCUGCCCGUGAUAAUAUUGGGAAGAAGGUCGUGGUAAUUGGUGCCUGUACCUCGGGACACGAUAUCGCCCAUGAUCACUAUACCCACGGUGUUGAUGUAACUUUAUAUCAGAGGAGCUCCACGUAUAUAAUGUCAAACAAGGAAGGCAUGCCGAGACUGAUGAAAGACUUUUACUGGGAGGGAUGCCCUCCGACAGACGUUGCUGACCUUCUCUACCAUUCACAACCUAACCAUCUCUUACGCAUGAUCCAUAUGCGUGUGACAAAAGACAUUGCCGAUGCUGAUAGGGAGCUCUUGGAAGGGCUAGAGAAGCGUGGAUUCAGAAUAAACUUUGGAGACGACGGUUCCGGCUUCCUCAUGAAAGCAUGGGAACGCGGCGGAGGGUAUUACCUCGACGUUGGAGCGAGCCAACUAAUUGUCGAUGGAAAGAUUAAGCUGAAGAAUGAUAGUCAGAUCUCACGCUUCUCAAAGCACUCCAUUGAGUUUGAGGACGGAAGCGAACUUCCUGCUGACGUGGUUAUAUUCGCGACCGGUUAUGGUGACCCAAAGCAGCUUGUCGGCGAACUUGUCGGUAAGGACGUCGCGGAUAGGGUGAAUCAAGUGUGGGGUUUAAAUAACGAGGGUGAGAUCAAUUCGGCGUGGCGCUGGAGUGGUGUACAGGGCUUGUAUUUCAUGAUGGGUAAUCUCGCACUUUGUAGAUUCCAUUCUAGACAUCUCGCGCUCUACAUCAAAGCUCAGGAGGCUGGCCUAAAUGUGGAGCGGUACACCAAAUAAGGAAGCCGGGUAUGAAAGAAACGAUCUGCCUGAGAGCACGCUGUCCCAUUUUCAAAAAUACACCCUGUAGAAAUUUUGUAUUAGGAAAGGAACUCACAAUUGUCUGGAUUUGUAUUAUUUGUUAUAUGCGAAGCUUCACGAU